GCCGGUCUCCCGCCCCUCCGCCCAUUUCGUAUUUGGCUGGCCCCAAACCCUAGCCCAAACCAAGCCCCGGGGAUCUCAAUGGAGUCGUCGAGAUCCCUCCUCCACCUGCUACGCCUUUUCGGUCGCGCCCUCCUUUCACUCCUCCGUCACCUCGCUACCCCCUGGCGACUGCUCUCCUUAGUCACCUUGCACGAGUUCUUCCUCCACCUCACCUUCCUCUUCUGUGGCCUUCGCCCCGUCACGCUUCACCUCGACGAAGCCUGCGUCCAUCUCUGGGCGCCCGCCCCCACCCGCCGCCGCCGCCUCAACAGGCACGCCCUCGUCCUCGUUCACGGCUUCGGCGGCAACUCCAAGUGGCAGUGGAACCAUCAAAUCGGGGCCCUCUCCCGCUCCUUCGACCUCUACAUCCCCGACUUGGUCUUCUUCGGGAGCUCCCGAUCCGCCGGUUCCGACCGGUCCGUGGGCUUCCAGGCGUCGUGCAUCGCCGAGGCAAUGCGGAGUCUCGGCGUCGCCCGGUACUCCGUGGUGGGGAUCAGCUACGGUGGUUUUGUGGCGUUCCGGAUGGCGGAGGGGCCGGCGGCAGGGGCCGUGCAGCGGGUGGCGAUCCUCGCGUCCGGGGUCUGCGCGACGCCUUUGCAGCUGAGGGAUCUUACGACGAAGGAGGGGAGGGACGUGUGCGAGCUCCUCUUGCCCCAAAAGGCGGAAGACCUGAUGACGCUCAUCCGCCGAUCCAUGUACCGCCACCCCCAGUGGAUCCCCGCCUUCUGGCUCCAAGAUUUCAUCGAGGUGAUAUAUGAGAAACAAAGGAAAGAGAGGACAGAACUGCUGAAAAGACUUCUUGAAAAGGGGAUUGACUUGGACCCAAUUCCUGUUCUUGAUCAGGACACUCUUAUACUAUGGGGUGACAAAGAUGAUAUUUUUCCGCUCUCAUUUGCUCAUCAAUUACACAGACAUCUGGGAGAGAAGUCAAGGUUGGAGGUACUUACAGAUGCUGGUCAUGCAUUGCAAUUGGAAAAACCUGAUGAGGUUAACUACCUGAUUGAACAGUUUAUUAAGGGUGUGGCUGGUAUCAACUUAUCUUAGCCUAUGAUAACAAUGAAACGUAAGAUUAUGUAUGGUGCUCGGGAAGGGAGAAGGUGUGCACCCUCAAGAACUUCGAAUGUCAAAAGGACAAAAAAAAGAAGCUUGUCUCCAGUUGUUUGUGUUAAGAUUUCAUAAUACAAUAAAUAAUCAUUGUGUAUGAGAUGGGCAGCAUUAAGAACAAGAAUCAAAAGCAUGAAAUGCAACAUGUAUAUAACAAUAUCUAGCUGUAAUCUCCCAAUAAUUAGGGUCAGGCUAUAUUUUGAUUUUUUUUAUUG